AUGUCUGGGCAGAUUAAUAACUGGUGUGAUAAACUUGAACCAGACUCGAAGCAGGAAUCCUCACAACCAGCCUCUAUUUUAAGUGGGACAACUCAAAGUGUUCCCUGCUCAACAACUUCCAAGCUGUCCUGCACAACUGCAGCAACUACUUUUUCCAGUGCAACAGAACCCCCACCUACCCCAACAAAGACUUCUGGGUCCGCCGACUAUGCCAAUGCCUCAGACAAUGACCAGAGCAACAGUGAUUCUGAAGAGCGUGCGGCUGCUAUCGCAAGCAAAGGAAAAGGAAAAGCUGGCAUGAAGACAUUUGUUGAAAUCGAGAGUGGCUCUGACUCCGAAGAGCGUGCAGCCGCUAUCACAGGACAGGAAAAUCAGAAAGUUGCCAUGCAGGAGCCUCAGGCUAGUAAUGACGACUCAAACAUGCCACUGGCUGGUACUCCCUUUGCUGAUUUGCCUUACAGCAAACAAUUAGAAAUUGUCAGCUAUGCAUUAAAGCAAGCUACACCACAUACCAUUGGCAAGAGGAAGAUUGAAGAGGUCAUGGCCACCCAGCACUUAUCUGUGAAUGAAAACAAUGACAAUGAUGAGCUAGCAGAUGACAAUAGCAUUGAUGUUGACACAGACUUGGAUGCCCAGGAGAAAACCAUGGUACAUACAUCAAUAAACUACAAUGUUCUGUACAGAGCUGUACAACAUGCAAGCUACACAGCUUGGUCCCUUGUUAAGGUUGUGCUCAAGGGGGAGGUUACUCAAAGGGCUUCAGCUUCAGCUCGUGCGCUGCGCCCCUUACCUGAGUACAUGCCCUUAAUUUCUGAGGGCAGAGGGGAAGUCCGAUGA